GUGACCUCGGGGUACAUGACCCUCCCCCUCAGGCUUCGCUCAGUGCAAUCCUCCAUCUGGUCCUCGGUGCAACUCGGCAGCGCCACCAGGCUUCAGACCCGCAGCAGGAUGACGAGUGAAGUCCAGAGAGACACCGUGGAGCAGGAGCAGGCCCAGGCCCAGGCCCAACACUCUGAGGACAGAGUCGUGCGCAGAGACGGUGCGCUCCGCUCCAUUCUGCGCGGCCUCUUCUGGCCCUUUGGCGUCAUGAUGCGUGCGUACCGCGGGGUUUGGUGGGUCCUGGGCUUCCGGCAGCCACAGGAAGUGGCCGUCGUCAGCUCCGAGGUCCCCAGUCCUGCGCGCCAGAGCCUCGCCGGCCGCAAGCGCCUGCACCGGGUCACCCGGCUGCUGCUGUCCAUCCUGCCCCGCUGGGUGCAGGGCGCCCUGGGCUACCCGGUGUCCAGCAGCAUCGGUCGCUCCCUCUCUCCAGAAAUCAGAGUCUCUCCUACUAAACCUUGUGGAAAGGGCAGCAAGAGAAAGCAGGAUGAGUUGGACGAGGAUGAGGAAGAAGAGCAUCCGACCUGGGUGGAGGCGCUAAAUCAGGAGCUCGCCAGUGACGAAGACCCAGAGGAGGAUCCAGACUAUGAGCCUAGCACUGUUGAGACGGAGAGUGAAGAGUACUGCUCACACAACAAUACAGAAAGCGACAUUGAGAUUUCGGGGAAAGGCGUUGUCAUUGAAGACGUGAACGUGGAUAUUGAUCCAUCCACUCCAGUCGCUUGUCCUCCUGUUUAAUGCAUCAUGUUUACUGUUUUCAUCGUUUUUGUACAUUUAUUAAUAACAAUAAAAAUUUGUCCAUGA